GUACGCAUAUGCUCCUGCACUGAUCGUUAUGUAUCUACAUCUGUGUAUAUAUAUAUUGACGUAUAUAAGGGUUUCCGAAGUCGGACUCUCACAAACAAUUAUCGGAUCUACAGAAUCGGGUGGUCUGAAAGAGAGCAAUUCUUCGAAUCCCAAGACUAAGAAAUGGCGUUAAAUGGAGCAGCCCCUCCAAGAGGAAGUGCAGCAGCUGCUGCUGCCAACCUGCGGAGGAGGAGGACCGCAAGUGCUGGUGGGGCCACGGGAGGAGCAAGUGGCACCAUGCUCCAAUUUUACACGGAUGAUGCACCUGGAUUAAAGAUCUCUCCCAAUGUUGUUUUGGUCAUGAGCAUUGGCUUCAUAGCUUUUGUUGCCAUUCUUCAUGUCAUGGGUAAGCUUUACUUUGUUCGUAGAGAGUCUUAAGUUGUAAUAUGUAAAAGUUUGCUACAUAUGAGUUUUGGAUUUGCAUGAACAAAGAAAGAUAUUAGAUGGUGGAUGGUGGAUGAUGGAUGGACUUAAUUUUUUAUAUCUCAUAGUUUGUUUGUGAUC